AUGCCGAAAGAUAGAACUAUUUCAGUGUAUUAAAGAGGAGAAAUGAUUGAGGCUUCUUCAAAGGCAAAUGAACGUGAAAAGAAAAAUUCAGCUAGAUACCCACAAACAGAUAUAAUAAAAGUAUAAAAAAAGUAAUCAAAGCUAGGAACAAAUUAAGUAGGAGACUGCACUAGACAAAGAGAUGCAACAACUACUGUAGCAUAAAAACUAUAAAUUAAUUAGGCUGCAGAAGGGCAUUUAUACUAAUCUUAAAGCUUUCUCAUAAUUACUGUGAUGAAUGAAAUCAAUACACUACCAACUAAACCUAGAGCGCAUCCUAGUGACUAAUUUCUUUCUAAAUUACUUGGAAGGUUUAAAGAUUUUAUAUCAGUAGGCUCAAAAAGAAAGGAAGGUCUAACCACUAAAAUGAUGCCUAAAAAGCUAACAAAAGAAGACACAAGCUUUCUGAGAGUAAUUUUCUCUUGUAGAAAAUAGCUUGCAAGAAAUGUAGUCCAAAUAGGAUUUGUGUUAGAAAUAAUAAAACCAUCAGAAAUAUUAAGAUACUUAUAACUCAAAAACAAGCAAACUGUUUUUAUAGCAACUAAAAUUCCAGAUAUUAUAAGCAGUCUAAACACUGUCUUAUUGGUGUAAAAUAUUUUAAUAUCGAAUGAUUUGCAUUAGCUUAAUGUAAUUAAGUAGCCAAUUACGCAUCUCCCAAGAAUGACUUGGUACAUAGAAUAGGAAGUUCUUAAAAUACCAACACAAGUAUACAUUGUGAUAAAGAAGAACUAGCUUAUUAAUGCAUAUAUAAUUGCUGUUCUUCUCUUAUUCCCAUUUUCAAAUGACUAACACCUUUGA